AUGCUCGUCAACCGUCAGCUUUACGACGAGUUCAUGACGGUUCUGUGCAGACAAGCUACUUUCAAUCUCCCCAUCGACAACAGGAGUGACAAGUAUGACAGACUCUGGCCCCUCUCACCGAGCACGAUGCAGUCGAUCCAAAAAUGCAACUUGCAUAUCGUCGCUACAUCGAGGAUGCUAGGCGGGAGAGACCCUCGUAUUGCGCCAACAGACUCGGCACCGCGCGAUAAGGUUGCUAGGAAUCUCAAGGAGAUGGAGAGCAUCAGAGAUCUCAGACUCUGUGCGGCUCUUGAAAGACUUCCUCAGAAUGGCACAGCAGGAAUGAUACCCCGACCGCUGGGAAGGGAAGCAUAUCUCCUCAGUCAGCCUGCGGCGCUGUUUUCUGUUGCGCCGCAGGACUUCCCAGAAUUGGCCGUGGACUACUCGGUUGCUCGUCUGGUCCAAAUCUGUACUUCGACGGAUGUUUCCUCAGGGACAGCGGUUCCGCCAUGGCUGGACGAUGCCGAAGUCGUCACCAACAACCCCAUUUGGGCAUCCUACGAGGCGAGACUGCCCAACAGCGCGACGACAGACGUGCGCGGCGUCUUCAUCGCUAUCUCGAACCCCUCCGGACGCGGCGUAGACUUCCAGAUCACGCUUGACGGCCUCCCCAGCACCGGCGGCCCGUUCAGGGCCCAGUCGCAACCACAGCCGGAAGACAUGGCGGGGGUCAGCCGCCAAAGAGCAGGGCCGCUGAUACCCAAAACGGACUUCAUCGCUAAGCAGCCCCGGUCGGCCCAUCACCUCCUCAACUACAGUCCGCCGUACUCGCGGUAG